AUGUGGCACCUGCCGCCGCAGCUCGUGGCGGCAGGCCCUGCCGCUCCGGGGGAGAGCGCAAUUAAGAGUUCUUCACUGAAGUGCGGGAGCCCCGCGACGGCGCACGACGGGAGGGCAGCCCAGACUUCAAGCUGUGGAUACGGCCACCGGCUAAGGGCCUGUUUGGUGUGGCUUUUUUGGGCUUUCCACCAAAAAAAGCAGCCCAAACGAGCCAAAGGGCUCGGCUUCGCGUUGGGCUUUUCCAAAAGCCACACUCUUUCCUUCAGAUGGGGAAAAGCACCUUUUGAGGUGCUUCCCGAGCUUCCCGAACCGAGCCACUCCCGUCCCCGUUCUUUUUUCUCGUCUUCCUCUGCUCGCGUCCCGCGCCCAGGUAGGGUUCCCGAGCCGCCGCCGCACGUCGCCCCUGCCCAUCGCCGCCGCCGCCGCACGCCGCCUUCGCCCAUCGCCGCCGCCGCGCGCGCCGCGCCUCCUCGCACGCCGACGCCGUACGCCGCGCCUCCCAGGCGCCGCACGCCGCACGCCGCGCCUCCCCAUCGCCGCCGCACGCCGCCCGUCCGCGUGGCCGCCGCCACGCCGCCCGUCCCCGUCCCCGUCCCCGUCGCGCGGCACGCCGCACGCCGCCCGUCCCCGUCCCCGUCGCCGCACGCCGCCCGUCCCCGUCGCCGCACGCCGCCGCGUCCCCGUCUCCGUCGCCGCACGGCGCCGUCCCCGUCGCCGCCCGCCGCGCCUCCCCAGGACCGCGCCGUCCUCGCCAUCGCCUCCAGGUCCCGCCGCAGCUUGUGUCCCCCGUUUCCAUGGAGAAGGCAAUUUGGGAUGCACACUACGUUCGCUUUUUUUGCGACAUUUGUAUGGAGGAAGUGAAUGCAAACAAUAGGGAUGGAGGUUGUUUGAGUAGGAAGGGGUACAAGAAUCUUGAGGAUAAAUUUGCCGAGAAAACGGGAAAAAGGUUAACAAAGAAGCAAUUUAAGAACAAAUGGGAUUCUCUAAAAAAAGAAUACACCGGUUGGAUGGAGUUGCUAAAUGCAACCGGGC